CUACAACGCCUUGUGAAAUGAGUCAGCAACGUAUAGGUGAUCAUUGUUCUCCUGUGUGCUUACAUGCAGUUAACAUCUGCAAUACCUCCAGGCCUUUCAUCCGCGGUCCCCAAUAUAAUAUUCUGUUAGUCCCGGCACGCAGGAGGGUCCAAGGGAAGGUAGUGGGCCAGACGACAAAACAAGGUCAGCAGCGGAAAAUCGUAGCCGCUCUGUAUCAGAAAGAUGGGAUCGACUGAAAAUCCAUUGUAGAAGCCGUGAUUAAUGGGGCAGUA